GUAUCCUUAUGAAGAAAAAUAUAGAUUAAUUCGGAUUGGAAAUCCAGCAUUUUCCACGAGGCUGUUGCCUGUCAGAGGAGCUGUUGAGUGUUUAUUUGAGAUGGGGUUUCAAGAGGGAGAAACUCACCUGGUUUUCCCUAAGGAAGCUUCAAUUGAACAGCUACGUAAAAUCAGAGACUUAAUUGCUGGAGAGAGGAGUAGCAGACUGAAUGAGUCAAAUCAAAUCCACAGAUCAGGAUCCUCUGAAACUGUGGCCAGCACUCAGACAGUUGCACACCAGCCUUCAAGACCUGCUGAUUCUGUUCUUGCCCCAGCCCGUCAGGAACCAGAAACAUCACUUGUGCAAUCUCUUGAAACGGCUGCAAAUAUCUUGAAAACACUUCAAACAAAAUUUGAGCAUCUUGUAUUGAUUUAUGAGAAUCCUUCUAUUCAGCAGAAAGCACUAGCUUUAAUUCCACUUCAGCAAUUGAAAGGGAAGGCUCAGAAGAAGCUAGCACAAGCUACCAGAGUGGACAAAG